AUGGAGGCCAUCAAGAAGAAAAUGCAGAUGCUGAAGCUGGACAAGGAGAACGCCAUCGACCGGGCGGAGCAGGCUGAGGGGGACAAGAAAGGAGCGGAGGACAAAUGCAAACAGCUGGAGGAAGAGCUGCUGGGUCUGCAGAAGAAGCUGAAAGGAGUAGAAGAUGAACUCGACAAAUACUCCGAGUCACUGAAAGACGCCCAGGAGAAGCUAGAACAGGCCGAGAAAAAGGCAGCAGACGCUGAAGCUGAGGUGGCAUCUCUAAACAGACGUAUCCAGCUGGUGGAAGAGGAGUUGGACCGAGCUCAGGAGAGACUGGCUACGGCUCUGCAGAAGCUAGAGGAAGCUGAGAAAGCAGCUGACGAGAGUGAAAGAGGAAUGAAGGUCAUAGAGAACAGGGCGAGCAAGGACGAGGAGAAAAUGGAGAUCCAGGAGAUGCAGCUAAAAGAAGCCAAACAUAUCGCUGAGGAAGCAGAUCGCAAAUAUGAAGAGGUUGCACGUAAACUUGUGAUUCUUGAGGGCGAUCUGGAGCGUUCAGAAGAGCGCGCUGAGGUGGCCGAGGCAAAAUCAGGUGACCUUGAGGAAGAAUUGAAAAAUGUCACCAACAACUUGAAGUCACUGGAGGCUCAGGCAGAAAAGUACUCACAAAAGGAGGACAAAUAUGAAGAAGAAAUUAAACUUCUUACUGACAAACUUAAAGAGGCUGAGACCCGAGCAGAGUUUGCGGAGCGCUCCGUGGCCAAGCUGGAGAAAACCAUUGAUGAUCUGGAAGAAAAGCUGGCCCAGGCCAAAGAGGAAAACCUCGACAUGCAUCAGGUGUUGGACCAAACCCUUCUGGAGCUCAACAAUCUAUAA